AUGUUCCAUAUCCUCCUCACCCAGACGUUGCAGUCAGCACCAGAUGUGGUAGCUCAUUUUGGGGGGGACGUCACCCUGAGCUGCCUCUUCCCGUCCCAGCCCGGGAUGAACCUCCAGCGUCUGACCCUCACCUGGCAGAAGGAGCGGGCGGGGGCAGAGGCCCUGGUGGUUCAUAGUUAUUAUUAUGGGAGUGAGCAGCUGGCGAGACAGGACAAGGGUUAUAGGAACCGGACCUGGCUGGAUCCAGAGGGGCUGGCCUGGGGGAACGCGUCCCUGACGCUGAGGGGUGUCCACAUGCAGGACGAGGGCGUCUAUCUCUGCCACGUCACCUCGGAGCUGGGCAGGACGUCUGAACGCACGGAGCUGAGAGUGGGAGCCCCGUUCAGCGAGCCCCAGCUGACCUUCAACCUCUCCAGUGCCGGGGUCACACUGACCAUCCACACAGGGGGCGGGUACCCCGCGGCCACGGUGCGGUGGCUGGACGAGGCAGGCAGUGACGUCACAGCAGAAGGUGCCACGGAGCAGCAGGUGGAUGAACAGGGGCUCUACCACGUCACCAGCUGGGUCACAGUGCCGCCUGCAACCCACAGCGCCAGGCUGACCUUCAUGUUAACCUCUCGUGUGCUGGGGGCACCAAUCACCCGGCCACUGAGCCUGCAGCUGAGCCCAGGACUCCUGGAUCCCCCGGACUCCUGCCUUGGGGUCCGCCUGGCUGUCAUCUGUGCCGCCUGCCUCUUCAUCGUCCUGCUGGCUGUUGCGUUUCUCUACCAUCUCCACCAGGGCCCGGCCGGAUCCCACUCCUGGAGGAAGGCUGAGGAGGAGGAGGAGGAGCAGAAAGAGAUCUCCUGCCCAAUCCCAGCCGGCCCCCGCUCAGAACAAGCCGGGGCUGAGUCCUAG